CUCCUAGCCCAGCCUAAUCCAGCUUGUAGUAGCACCAGGAGUUACCAAACGGAGCAAGUUUAAUUGUCCCAGCUGCCUGAAGACGGAAAUAUCUGCCCCGUUGGCAGCCUCUGGACCUCGACAGCCCUGGGCUCAGGCACGUGAGAAGCUGCCUCCAUCAGCACCAAGAGGAUGCUACAGGGGAACAAGCGGUCAAGGUUGCCAAGCUCUCCGGAGGAUGGCGUGUGCUCCUUGGCGUUGCCCUCCGACCAGCAGCUGGACAGGAAAGGCAAAGAGGCGCAGGACACGGAGGUGCUGAAGAACGCCCGGGUGCAGGAGCAAGUCCGCGUGAGGAUGAUGCAGAAGAGCCACUCGGCCCCCAGGACUAAUGGAGCCGGGCUUGACUAUGAGCUGAAAGGGUUCACGCUCUCCAAUGGCCAAUACAACACUCUGCAGCCCAGUUUCAGCUCCAGAUCCCAGACAAAUGGCACAGACCACAAAGGCUCCAUGUAUCAGACAAAGAAAGGUUACAACACCAUGAAGUCUACUAACUGGUCCUCCCGCUCAGCAGUGGACCUCAGACCCAACAGGAGGAUGGCCUCUGUCAGCAAUGGUGUGGGGCCUAAGGGCCUGAAUUAUGGCAUGAAUUACACCCUGUCUCAAGCUGCCAACUCUACUUCACGCCCCAACUCCUUCCACGAACGAAACUAUCGGGCCCAUCAUAACUACGACACGAUGUCCCUCCGUUCCCUGCGCUUGGCAGAUGGGCCAGUCAGUCCUGGGGGCAUAGAUGACCGCUACAGCCUCAUGUCUGAGCAGAUGGAUCCAUUGGUCUACAAAAACAGGGGGGGUGGCAACUUCACCAAAUCCUACACCUUUGAAAGGCAGAUGAGUGCUGGAUCUAAUGCUGGCAUGAAGGGGCCCAUCAACUGGAUGGAUGGUGUGGAUGGCCCCCCAAACAGGACUGUCAUCCGUGCACCAGCCAUGCGCACCUUGCAGCGUUUCCAAAGCAAUAACCGCUCCCGCCUGAGCACUGGCUCCUUCAGUGCGGUCCAGUCUUCCCAAGGGGGCGUUGGGAACUCCUACGCAGGUGUAGUGGAACGCAGUUCGCGUGCCCCUUCUGUGCGUAGCUUGGCUGAUUCCAACCACCAUUUGCAAGACCUGCGUGCCAUUGAUAUGUAUGAUGGUCACAACUCACUCAUGACUCAACAGUCCUUUUCUGGUGGGUUUGAUGACAUUGACCUUCCCUCUGCGGUGAAGUACCUGAUGGCCAGUGACCCCAACCUGCAAGUCCUUGGGGCUGCCUACAUCCAGCACAAAUGCUAUAGUGACACUGAUGCCAAGAAACAGGCUCGCAGCCUCCAAGCUGUGUCCAAGCUGGUGAAGCUUUUCAACAACUCCAACCAGGAGGUGCAGCGCCACGCAACUGGUGCCAUGCGCAAUCUCAUCUAUGACAACACUGAAAACAAGCUGGCACUGGUGGAGGAGAAUGGCAUUUUUGAGCUGAUGCGCACUUUGCGCGAGCAGGAUGAUGAGCUACGCAAGAAUGUCACAGGCAUCCUCUGGAAUCUGUCCUCCAGCGAUACCCUCAAGGACCGCCUGGCCCGAGACACCCUGGAGCAGCUCACACAGCUAGUUUUGAUCCCUCUGUCUGGCACAGGCAGCGCGGCUGUUAUCCAGCAAAAUCCCUCUGAGGCAGAAAUCUUCUACAAUUCUACUGGCUUCCUCAGGAAUCUCAGCUCUGCCAGCCAGCAGACGCGACAGAAGAUGCGCGAGUGCCACGGGCUAGUGGACUCCAUGGUCAAUUAUAUUAACAACUCACUGGAAGUGGGGAAGUCCGAAGACAAGAGUGUAGAAAACGCAGUCUGUGUCCUGCGCAAUCUGUCCUACCGCCUGUAUGACGAGAUGCCGCCUUCCUCACUCCAGCGACUGGAAGGGCAAAGGAGGAAUGACGGGGCAACCAUGACAAGCGAGCUGGUGGGCUGCUUCAGCCCGCAGAGCAAGAAGGCCCGAGAGCUCUACGUGAACUCAGAUAUUGUGACCUUCACGGAAGUCUCUAAGGACCCCAAGGGGAUGGAGUGGCUCUGGAACCCCCAGAUCAUAGGGGUCUAUAACAGGCUGCUGCAGAGAUGUGAGUUGAACAAGCACACCACGGAGGCCGCUUCUGGGGCGCUUCAGAACAUCACGGCCGGAGACAGAAGGUGGGCUGGUGUUCUCAGCAGAGUAGCUUUGGAACAAGAGAGGAUCCUGAACCCGGUCCUGGACAGAGUCCGCACCGCUGACCAUCACCAGCUACGUUCACUAACAGGGCUGAUUCGCAACCUGUCCCGGAAUGCUCGCAACAAGGAUGAGAUGUCAACCAAGGUGGUGAGCCACUUGAUUGAGAAGCUCCCAGGGAGCCUCAGCGACAAGUGGCCCCCGACAGACGUCAUUGUCAACAUUAUCGCAGUGCUGAACAACUUGGUUGUGGAAAGCCCCAUCGCCGCACGUGACAUUGUCUACUUCGAUGGCCUGCGUAAACUUUUCUUCAUCAAGAAGAGGAGGGACAGCUCUGACAGUGAGAAGUCAUCCAGAGCCGCUUCCAGCCUCCUGACCAACAUGUGGCAGUACAACAAGCUCCAUCGGGACUACAAGACGAAGGGCUACCGAAAAGAAGAUUUUGUUGGCCUGUAAGGACAGUGGCUUCUGAUAUUUACAGAAAAUGGACUGUCUGACCCUAACAGCUCUCCACAAAAAUAUUUUGAAGUGCCAUUGUAAAUGGCCAUCAUUCUGCUUCAUAAAGUUCCUUGCUUACAACUCCCAUCUUUUUCAUACGUCUCAAACCAAUUGGACUGAUCUUUUUUUAAUUUUUGCAUUUGUUCUGGUUUCUUCUUCAUUCCUGUUGGAAGCUCCUUUUCCCUGCUGGCCACCUGAUUUCAUCGGAACAUUUUGUAAAGCCACAAGUCAGCGUCAAGGCAAAUUUUCAAGACUUCCACACCAAUAUGGAACUCUCAGUUUCAUCCCCAUUACUUUACUGGGUGGGCUUGGAUUUUGGGUGGUUCUCUGGAAUUCAUGGAUGCUGAUAGGGUAGCAGGCCUUUCACGUGGAGGUAUACUGAGGGAAUUCUUCGGAGAGGCCCUGUACCAUUAACGGAUACAUCAUCUGCUUUCAUGAAUUUCACUCUCUGGAGCCCUGCUAGAAUUUUGCCCACCCUGCCCAGGACCCCCCCCCCCCCAAAAAAAUUGCUUGCUUUUCAUUUUAAAAGAUUAGGAGACCUUAUUUCAAGGUAUGAACAGAUUUUAUAGAAAAAUUAUACCUACGCAAUAGGAUACAUGGGGAAGACCAUUUAUUUCUGGUGGUAUUAGACUCACAGCAAGUGUUAAGUCCAAGUUUUGAGAUUGCACUGACCAAAAAGUAGGGCCGAAUGCACUGGAGUAUAGCUUUGUUGGAGUUGGGUGGUGGAUACUUUUAGUUUCGGUUACUUGAUAAGGUCAGGGACAUAAGGAUCCUAGAGGAGGAAGAGAGAAUUUUCUAGCUGGUACACGGAGCUGC